GUUAGCGGCGUCGGCGGGUCUUCUUUGAUGUUGACUUGAACUCUACUUUCCGCGAAAUAUUCAGACCCAUGUCAGACAAGAUUGACUUCUUUUGGGAGUCCCUGAUUUCAUCUGGGAGAAGUAAAAGGCAAACGAAAUCAAAGAAGAGCAAAAAUGGGUCAAAAAGAAAAAACAACGUAACCUUAAACACGAAUGACAUCAUUCCUAAGGAAAAAAAAAAGCCCAUGUUCAACGAAGUAAUGCAAUCAAAGAAAGACAAGAAGAAGAAAAAGAAGAAGCUACUGGAUUUAAACAGUUUACUUGGCAGCAGUGACGCUACAGCACCAUUGGAACUGAAACCUGACCUGUCAAAUUUGAGAAGCAGCAGCAACAUAAGGAAACAGAAGUCAGAUCACACUAUUAAGGACUUCAAGAAAAAACGGCAAAGGAAAAAGAAAGUGGCAUUUGAUUUGCCACAUGAGAACGCUCGUGUCAAACGUCCCACUUUUGCCUCUGCACAUUCCAAGUUCACGAAAGAGUGUACAGGGUUGGAGAAAGCUGCCGUAACAGAUUUUGAGCGGGCUUCUCCGGUCAGUGAAAUAGAGCAGCAUCAGUCUCAACUACAAGAUAACGACAUUCACUGGGAUGAAAGCAACAGCCAGGAUUUGUUUAUCACCCAAAAGACAUGCAGAUCAUCCUCUUCAGACUCCAGCGAGGAGGCCAGUGACAAAUCGACUACUACCACUUUGCAACAAACAGAGAUAUUAGACAACUAUUUGGACCAGAUAAAAUACUUUGACAAGGAUUCUUGUCAGCGUCCCCAAAAAAAGAAGCGACAGAAGACAGUGAAGGUAAGAAGCGCAGAGAAAGACAGAUUGCACAGCAGAAAGAAGAAAUAUUCCUUACAAACAGAAGGCGCAAGCCCCACCGAGUUUCUAUGCUCUUUUCAUUCAAGUCCUAAAGUGAUGAAUGUUUACAUGGACAAGAUGGCCAUUGGUGAUUGUGCACCGAAGGUUACAAAAUCAGAGCAGUAUCACCACCAGGAAAUUCAGCCGGCUUUUUCACGCUCUCUCCACAUACCCCUCAGACCAACAAUGUGCACAUCUACCCAGACAGAAAACUUUUUCACUGCUGAACUGUCCUCCUACUUUGCUUUCUCCAAAAAGAGAAGACUGGCUUCGUGUUCCGAUCUCGUGAAGCCUUUGGAUCUGAGUUUGCCACAAAGGGCCAGGAAAGACCUCAACAGGUGUUUGUAUGUGAAGGUGUCAAGUCAAGUCAAAGAGGAUGAGAAGUGGGCUGAAAACAAACCGUCAGCCAGAGAGAUCCACGCGCCUCCAUUCUGUUGUUCAUCCAUGAAAGAUCUGGAGAUGAAUAAAGAGCUUCGUGGUAGUGAGAAGGGGAGAGGAGUGACCGCACCGACUCCUCUGAUGGAGUCGGAGCCCAAGUCGGGUGACACGACGACCUCCAGCGACUACAAUGAGCCGUCAGGCCAAAGCAAAAAGGUUGACCUGAACCAGGUGAGUAUGGACACAGCUGACAAAACUGCAGGAAGGUUCAAGGAUUGUUUCCAGUCUUCCAUUUUCUAUCAGGUAAGGCCAGUGCAGAUGAGGCUGAAUGAGUCAUUCUUCUUCAAAACCAAAGGAGAUGGACAUUCACCCAGACCUGAGUCACCUCUGAUGAAACUUUCUCAGAGCAGAGUGAAUGAGAAAGACAUGAGAGGCAAGAGGGGACGCUGAGGUUUAUCAGAAAUUGACAGUAUCCCUGCUGUUGUUUGUCUACCACACUUUACUUACCUUCUUUUCGGAAACACAAUUUGUUUGGGUGAACGGCAAUUAAAUUGUACUUUUGGAAAUGAGCUAUGUCCGAAUUACAGGCAAGAGCACCUGCCCAAGUUGGAAAGUUAUCUGAAAGGAGAGUUUGAUAAUUCAAUGCUGAAUGUUAAAAUGUGAUGUUAUAGACAGUCUAUUGCAAUAAGGGAAUAUAAUAUCUUUACUGAAAGUUACACAUGCUGCCCUUAAUGGUCUACUUAACUUGAAAUUUCUAAAAUACAAAUAAAAAGGAGCAAACAGGGGA